AUGUUUGUGGAUCGUAUUUCUGUAACAAAGAAGACUCAUACAUCUCAAAUUGAAAUUAUUCCAUGCAAGAUCUGUGGAGACAAAUCAUCAGGAAUCCAUUAUGGUGUCAUUACAUGUGAAGGCUGCAAGGGCUUUUUCAGGAGGAGUCAGCAAAGCAAUGCCACGUACUCCUGUCCUCGUCAGAAGAACUGCUUGAUUGACCGAACUAGUAGAAACCGUUGCCAACACUGUCGAUUACAGAAAUGUCUUGCGGUGGGGAUGUCUCGAGAUGCUGUAAAAUUUGGUCGAAUGUCAAAGAAGCAGAGGGACAGCUUGUACGCAGAGGUUCAGAAACAUCGAAUGCAGCAGCAACAGCGAGAUCACCAGCAGCAACCUGGAGAAGCAGAACCACUAACACCAACGUACAAUAUCACCACCAAUGGGCUAACAGAGCUACAUGAUGACCUCAGUAAUUACAUUGAUGGGCAUACCCCAGAAGGUAGCAAAGCAGACUCUGCCGUUAGCAGCUUCUACUUAGACAUACAACCUUCUCCAGAUCAGUCGGGGCUUGAUAUUAAUGGAAUCAAACCAGAACCAAUAUGUGACUACACACCAGCAUCGGGCUUCUUCCCUUAUUGUUCUUUUACAAAUGGGGAGACCUCUCCAACUGUUUCCAUGGCAGAAUUAGAACAUCUUGCACAGAAUAUUUCUAAGUCACACAUGGAAACUUGUCAAUACUUGAGAGAGGAGCUACAGCAGAUAACAUGGCAAACUUUUCUACAGGAAGAAAUAGAGAACUACCAGAACAAGCAGAGGGAGGUUAUGUGGCAGUUAUGUGCAGUCAAAAUAACAGAAGCUAUCCAGUAUGUGGUGGAAUUCGCCAAACGCAUUGAUGGCUUUAUGGAACUCUGUCAAAAUGAUCAAAUUGUGCUUUUAAAAGCAGGAUCUUUAGAGGUUGUGUUUAUCAGAAUGUGUCGUGCCUUUGACUCCCAGAACAACACAGUAUAUUUUGAUGGCAAGUAUGCUAGCCCAGAUGUUUUCAAAUCAUUAGGUUGUGAAGACUUCAUUAGUUUUGUGUUUGAAUUUGGAAAGAGUUUAUGUUCUAUGCACCUGACAGAAGAUGAAAUAGCUUUGUUUUCUGCAUUUGUUUUAAUGUCUGCAGAUCGUUCAUGGCUUCAGGAGAAGGUAAAAAUUGAAAAACUCCAACAGAAGAUUCAGCUAGCCCUUCAGCACGUCCUGCAGAAGAAUCAUCGAGAAGAUGGAAUCUUAACAAAGUUAAUAUGCAAAGUGUCUACUUUGAGAGCACUGUGUGGACGGCAUACAGAAAAACUUAUGGCAUUUAAAGCAAUAUACCCAGACAUUGUGCGACUUCAUUUUCCUCCAUUGUACAAGGAGUUGUUCACUUCAGAAUUUGAGCCAGCGAUGCAACUUGAUGGGUAAAUGUUAUCACCUAAGCACUUCUAGAAUGUCUGAAGUACAAACAUUACAAAAAAAAAAAAGAAAAGGAAAAGGAAAAAAAAUAAAGAAAACCAAGACACUUUAUAUGGCCCUGCACAGACCUAGGGAGCCAACACACUGCACAUCUUUUGGCAGUCGGGGUCAGGCGAAGGAUGGGAAACAAUGAAACAAAGUUGAACUUGUUUUUCUCAUGCAUAUGAUUUCCAUUAUGCCUACAAAUAUGGACCCUUUUUCUGUCUCAACUUCUUGAUCUUUGACCUCUGUUUACACAGAAUGAGGGUACUAAAGUCAGAAGGUUGCUUUUUUCUAGUUGUUCACUGCCCACAGACUUAACAGAACAAUCAGUUUGUUGAUCAGAACAUUGAGUCCAGCUAGUAACCAGUGACUGGUGUGCAUUGCAGAGGUUUCAGCAUCAGUUUGCACAACUUGUUCAUUGUUUCAUGAAGGACAAUUUAUUCACCUACCAUUGAUUGCCAGUAGGCAGAUGGCAAGAAAAGGGUCCAUAGCAAUAGCAACAAUAGCAUUAUAAUAUAUUACAGGGUAAAUGGGCAUGAAGACUAUAUAUAGCAAAAGAGAUAUUGUUUAUAUAUUGUUUUAAUUAAUAUAAAAUGUAGUUACUGGUAUAGCUUUUCUUGUUGAAUUGAUAAGGCACUUUCAUUUUGCACCUUUUUCUUUAAAUUAAAUGCUAGCGUGUUCAUUGUCGUGUUGCAUGUGCACCAGAAAUUCAAGUUUAACGGAGAGGUUUGGAUGGUACUGGUACAAUGGGAGGUAUUUAUGCUGCUGUUACUAUUACAAUGUUACUAUUAGAGAGAGGCUGGUCAUAUCCUGAAAUGAUUACAGAUUUGUAGUUUGAAAACAAUGACAUUUUAAAGUCAGAAUUUGUUUCUAUGCUGGUUUUAAAAAGCUGCUCUUAUUUUUACACAGAAUGCAAAUUUUUCAAACCUGGAUGUAUAAAAUUGAACGUCUAAAUCCAUAUUUGGACACCCAAAUAAACAGCCUAAUUUUCAAAGGCACUGAGUACCCAAAGGCAAAGAUUUUGCUCAGUGUUCACAAAUCAAUCACAGCUGCAAGCGCAUAGCUCUCUUGAAAAUCAGGCUGUUAAAUAAGGUGUAUAAAUAGGGAUAUAGAUGCCUGACUCUAUGAACCUAGGUUUGAAGAUAUUGAACCAAGGUUAUACAGUAAAAGUAUAAUGUAACACAUACAUAUGUAUAAAAUAAUGCGUGUGCAUGUUACACAGCUACAUGCUUUUAUGGAAAACAAUGCACUCCAUAUGGUAAACAAUGCACUUAAAGCAAAAACCUCAGUCUGUUGAAGUCUGUAGGAGUUUUGCUGUUGACUUCAGUAAGAUCAGGUAAUGGCCCUAUUUUCCAAAAAUCAGUUCUGCCCAACACAGAUUAAUCCUUUGCUUUAGAGCAGAUUUGUAUGGCUCCAAAAAUAAUUAGAUGUAUUUGGAAACACUCACUUUAAGACUUACAAAAUGAGUAAGUACACACUGAUGAAUUAAAGGCACACUCCAUGUGUUAAAACCUGCCAUGUAUUUAAGAUUGUAUAUGAAAUCUGGAAACUAGGAGUGGGGUAGAACAGUGUUUCCCAAUCUUUUCCAGCCCAAGGCACACUUGCAUUAAUAACAUUUUUUCCACGGCACACCUGUUAAGGCAUUCCUCAUACCUAUUGUAGCUCAUUGCCAUGGAAAAAUUCCGUGGCAUGCCUGUUCAUUUCUGACGGCACACUUUUGUGCUGUGAUACACUGGUUGGGAAACACUGGGCUAGAGAAUGUGCAGGAACCAAAUUUUGCAGUCUUUACUUUUGCAAACUACUGUGUCCUCUAGUGUUCCUGAGUAAGGAGAGCAGAAUUUGACUGAAAGGGGUGGGGAAAGUCAGGGACAUAGUCUCCACUUCUGCUGCAAAGGCAAGAGGUAUGCUGUAUUCAGGCUUCAUCCACUUAAAUCAUGUUACGUUGGACUGCUUAGCACUAAGUGGCAGCACUAUGAUUGUUACCUGUGUAGAUUAACUACAGAAAUCAGAGUUUCUGCCCUCUCUAACAUGCUAAUGCAAGGACAGCAGAAAAUUUAGAUAUUAAAUUGAUCCCUAUCUGUUCUGGUGGCCAGAGAAUGAGUUCAGUACUGCGGGGGCCAGAGAGCACAAGGAAAUAUGUAACAUAGCUAUGCAGGUUUCAGUGGAAGGAUGGACCAGCUUUGGAAACAGAAGUUUUCUUGAAGGAGGGAGAUGCUCCCUAGAUUGGGUAUGAAGAAAACCCUCCUCAACCUUAGUUGGAAGAGUACGUUUAAAAUGUCAGUCUUACCCUCCUGGCUCAGCACUGAAGCAGAAUGCCGAUCCAGUGAUUCUUCUUUAGCCAGCUCAGACCCCAUCAGGCAGAAGAAAGCCUAUCUUUGCCAUGGUCUUGUCCUACGAUACAGUUGGGUUCAGUGGAAUCUGAGCUACUUCUGAUGUGACAGUCUUAAGCAGCUGUAGCUUACCUGAAAGGGCAUUUAACAGUUACAGAAAAAUAGGAACUACCUCCUUUAAACUGGAAGCAACUGGGGACCUGAGCUAGGAUGAGAGCAAUGUAAAGCACUGUCCCUAAAAAACAAGGUAGUUACUGAGCAUGUAUGUAUUGUUCAAUGAUGUUGCCUACAGGUCAUAACUGCAUUGGGCCAAAUCAUGCCAGACACUGUGUAAGAGUUUAAAUUAAGUCCAUACCUCAGAUUUCUUGAGGUAGCUACACACUCGAAAUACAUUUGUUUUCCAGGGUUGGUGUGUGUAAGAUUAUGUAGUAGUCAUUUUGUGGUUCUCAUACUAAGGCAGUCCCUGUUUCUUCAGUUAUGAUCAUUUCUUUGUUUAUUUUUGUUUUUUGGGUUGUUUGUUUUUUUGGUUGGGGGUGGGAUUUUGAGAAAGGAGAUAGAGAAAUUUAAGGAGAACGUAUGGUAUAUGAUUAAUCCUUGGUAUGUAAUCUCCCAAGUAAAACCUACGUAACCCUCGCCUUUAACAUAGAAGUGGCAGCCAUGGUAUAUUUACUUUGUUAAACAGUAACUGAGAAUUAAUUCAACACCUUAUCUUAAAGGGACACUAACAACUUAAAUGUUUUUUAAAAUCCUUUUUUUUUUUUUUUUUAGAAAAAAUUUUUUAAAAAUAUAUAUUUCCAGAUUUUUAAUUAAAAUAUGUGAGAAUAAAUGAAGGGUUUUUUCUUUUGUUUUUGGUUUGGGUUUUGUUCUCAUUGAUUUUUAGAAUGGCCUUUAGGCAACAGGAAAAACAGGAGAAAAAAAGGAAAACACUGAAUUUUUCUGUGCACAAAAUGCUGUCACAUGCAAAAAAGUAAACAAACUGAUAAUAUUUUUUGCUGUCUUACUUCAUUUGCAGUCCUGGUAGUUGUUAUAAGUCCCUAUUAGAAAACAGAAGAAAAUAUGUUUGUGAUUUUCAAGUUAAUGGUGUAUCUUUCUUUUUAACAGAUGGAGCUAAAUUCCCCCUAUAGGUACUGUAGUGAUUGAGGUGCAACUAGGUGGAGAUGGAGCAAGCACUUUGGUAUAUAACUGUUGUAAGAGGGGAAUGAGAGCCAUGGAUUAUUUAUAGGCAAGAUUGUUUCCUUUUGUGUCAAUAGCCUAUGAUCCAAGGUUACGUUUCUGUAGCGCUGCCAGAGUAGUUUGGAAGCUCUCUGAGGGAUGGUGCCUCAGGUGGUUCAUUCUACAUAGCGUUUUGUUAGUUGAGGGAGAUAGGAUGGUAUCUUCAGCUCUUUCAUGGCAACGUGGAUGUUUAGGAAAGGAAUUGUCCCUGCACAUGCCUGGAUACAGGAGCUGUGGUUGUGAGUGGCUUUAUCAAAGAGUAUGGAGGAGGCCAUGUACACCCUUCAUUCCGUCCUGCAUGCCCCACAUGGGCCACUCACAAGACUGUGAUCUCAGAGACUGUGGUCUCAGUCUCACCAUCUUAUCAGCUUGCUUUUUCAGGAAUCAUUGUUUGCUUUAUUGGAGUAACUGGCAUGAUAUGGCAGCUCUGUUCUAAUCUAGGAGUUUGUUUUUAUGAUUAAAACCAAGCUUUCUACUAACAAAAGUUUUCUACUAACAAAAGUUUUCUGAAUGUGACCAGCCUCAGGUGCUAGCCUAUUAAAGAUCAACUAAACUUAAUUUCAGUGUCAACUAAUGGAUAGUGGUGUCAGACUGGACCUUCUCUAGAGAGAGAGACAGAUUCUGAUUUUUGACAGCAAGUAGGGGGUACCCAUAUUAAGUAUUUUGGAACUGAUUUUUAAUCAUGUCCUCCUCCUCACCUGAUCUCUAGAUGCAAAGCAAAGAUGAUUGGCAUUUAGGUUUUAGUAUUUGCACCCACAAAUCAAUAGGAAUAUAAAAUAUAUGAGUAAUUAUACUUGUGCCCAUAAAAUUGAAAUUAAGAAGCCUCGCUGAAUGUCAAAUCCUUCGUAUCUAAAAUUAAUUGUGGCACAAUGUUUAAGGGUGUAAGCUUCUUGGAGGCUCUUUUUUCUUCAUUGGAGCUAUUGAGUGUUCGGCAUCUUGCAAAAUCAGGCCAUUUAGCAUCUUCUCCAACCUAAGUGUGUGUUCCUAAUCACAAUAAGUAGUCACUUGGAGAUGCAUCAAAUAAAAACAAGUAUAGCAAGGUGGUAGGUAUUAAAAGUAUUGUUGCCAAGAGACUUUUAACGAGAUGUGGAAUGAUUCUAGGUGCAGCUAGUCACAAUUAAGUCUAGAUGACAUAUACCCUGUUAAGACUAGGACCCAAGAUCAGAAGUUCAACGAAUGAUUCAGUGGCAGAACACACUUGGGCUCUGUCAAGUGAAUGACAGAUGUAUUAAACUUCCAUAGUCUGCUCCAUUUAGAAAAAAAAAUUGAAACUACAGAAGAUUCGGGAAUAAUUAUUCCUUUUAAAUUAGCUGUUCAUAAUAAAAUGGUUGUUUUGGGCUUUUGGCAUUUGAACAUUCUUUAGCUGUUUUAUAGAAGAGGUACUACAGAACAGUGUCAUUUUGAUUACCAUAAUGAACAUUCAUAUACCUGACACCGUUCCCCUUUUUAAUAACAAUGGGAUUAGAUGAUGGAGAAAACUGUCUUUUAAGUUUGGUUGUUCUUUAUAAAAGCUUAUAUAUCAUAGUAUGGAUACCAAGGCCUGAGAGUGUUUGUGAGUGUGUGUGCAUGGAUGUAUGGGUGUGAAUGGCUGCUUCUAGGCUGUUUAGUGUCAAUGGAAUAAAGAAAAUGUAUUCAAAAUACUUAAGUCAAAAAUAGAAGGUGGAAAAAAGAUUUAUUCUAUACAAAGCCUUGUCUGGACCACUUUAGAGAGACUUCUAUUUUUUUAACCCUUCUAUAAAUAUUUGAUGGCACUUGAAAUAUUCCUGCAAUAAAAUGUGAUUUGUGUAAACAUAAAAAAAAAGAUUUUGUAAUGUGAAACAAUGAAAGAAAGUAAUGUAAUUUUUCUAAAAAACAAAAACAAAAAACAAAUGAACGAACUUUGUAUUAUUUUCUUGAUGGAAUUUGUCUAUUUGUCUUUGGAAGACUUUUUAUUUCAUUGAAUGUGCCAUAGUAGAAAUGUGGUUUUUGGUUUUUUGUUGUUUUUUUUCUUUUCUUUUUUUUUUUUUAUGUUUUAGAUUAAAGGAAAAGCUGUUUGUGUUACGACAUUCCAAAAUGCAAGAUGACAUAGAAUAAUGAUUAAAAGGGUUGAUUAGUAAGCUUCAAUCAUUGUUGCUUUUUUGCACAUGUUCUUCAUUCCUCUAUAGUGCAAUAUGUACAUAGAGCACUUGCGGGUGUAACCUUGAUCCCUCAGGGAAAAUACAUAUUUGUACAGGACUUUUCUUUUGCCUUUUUUUCUUUUUUUUUUCUCGUUUUUCUUUUCUUUGUUUUUCUUUUCUUUUUUUUUUUGCUAAGGAAUGUCGAUUUAAAUCACUUGUCUGUUGUUGAGGGGCAGCCAGAUAAUAAUCCUAAGCCACUGUCACAAAAUAUUGGUUGUUUAAUCAUUUUGUGCCCUUGCAUUAUUUAAAAAAGAAAAAUAAAUGUUAUUUUCCAACAGUUCUUUGUGCUGAUUGGUGAAGAAAAGGGUAAAUAGAUAAGCACCUUAUGAUUGACUUAACUGUGAAUGACAAUCCAUCUUGUUAUCAACAAUAGAAGCCCUAUCAUUUUGGAGUUGGGGUUAAGAGUCAGAAACGAAUGUGCUCAGGGAUCUUCUAAAACUCUUCAACAGGGUGGCCAGUACUACUGGGACAAAUUGCUUUUGGAAAAAAUAUAAUAUCCCUCCAAGGCACAAGUGAACUGUGUAGAAGUUUUCUAAACACUCCAUGUGUGCCUCAUACAAUUAUUUGAAUUUCAGCCCAUGUGCUCAGUUUUAUUUUACUCAAAAUUUAAAAAAAAAGUAGAACUCCAAAAAUAAUGCAAACUUCUACAAACAUGCAUAGAAAACCAUUCGUUUUGCAUCCACAACCAGAUCAUUAUUCAAAUUACGUUUCAGUACCCAGUUUACCAUUUUUAAUCGUAAGAGUAUUAGCUUAAAAAUUGAACUUCAGUGUUUUGCAACUCAGUAUUUAAUUUGUUCUUGUAUUUAAAUUGUCUUCAGUAUCUAAAUUGUUGUUUAAGAGAGAAAAAUCAGGUCAUCUUAUGCAGUAUAAUAUGAGUGGAAAUACUACAAUUAUUCAAUUGUGAGUCACAUAGUAAUGAAAACAGUUAAAACCAGGAGAAUACAAGGACAACAGUUUCAUAUACCUGCCAUUUGAUGUAUUUACUUCAUGGUAAAACAAGCUUUUUAAAAGAAGCACUGUAGCUACCACUUUCUAUUUUUUUUACCUCUGACAACACUUUCAAUAGUUGUAGGAAACAGCAGUGUAAGAUAAGUGCCAAACUUCUUUAGGUUACCUUUAAACCUUCUUAAAUAGUCAAAGUAAGAUUCUAGAAGUUUAGUCCAGUUGUUCCUGCUCUGGCUUUAUUCUUUUGUACCUUGCAAAAAUAAGUAGAUUAUUUAGGUAAGCAAUUAAAAAUAAAAUGGGGAAGGUUUUGGUAUCUCUCUAGUCAGGUCAGAAGGAGGGUGUUAUUUCUCACUCAUUCUUUUGUUAUUUUACUAGUACUUGUAAAAAGUGUUAUGUUACCAGAGUUGUUUUCCCUUACCCUUUUCAGUGUAACAUUUCCAAAUACUACAUUUUUAUGUAGAGAAAUGAAUGCAGUGAUACCCACCUUGCAUCUCUGAGCUAACAGUGCAGUUUAGUUUUGAGUAGUCUUUUAAGGCAAAAAAAAAUUGACUAAGUUGAGUUUCUUGAACAGUUUUCAUUUUGUUCCAUAUGUUAGAAAAAAUCCCUAAUACCAAUUCUAAGCAUGUAAAAAGCUAAAUUAAAUUACGUAAUUCUUUUCAUACUUGCAAGUGAUUCACAGAUGCAUUCAAUAUGAACAGUUUACAAGUUAAAAUUUUAUCUAUGUAUUUGGGUGGCCCAAAGUAUUUAUUGGGUUCUAUGACGACUGGCUUAUAUCUUCCCUAGACUAUAGUUAAGGGGGCUUUAUAUUGAUGUACAAACUACAUCAUUAUUAAAUGCUGAUCAAAUAAUUUGCAAUACGUUAUUUGUUCUACAUAUUUUGCCUCUCUCCCAAAAGUAGAAAAUAAAUUGGUCUGUUUAUCAGGUUAGGAAACUAAUAUUUCUUGAACAAUGUCCAGAAAUAAUUGAUAAGCAGUAUGCUUUGAAUACUUAGUAUUUGAGUUGGCUGCUUUCUAUUCCAAAUAUGUAGGUCACAUGGCAUAUUUCUUUUCCCUAAGCUGAAAAAUUUCAGAAUUUAAAUUUUAUUAUUAAAAUUAAUACUUACUACUUUAAAUGUCAGCUUCUGUAAACAUACUUGAAUAUUAAUUUCAAGUUUGUUGUUUGUUUGUACAUUCCUGAGAGGAACAUCCAUUUGGUGGAAUAUUCAGGGGACAAAUAUACAAGAAAGCCAAAUGCAAUAUGAAAAAAAUAUAUAAAACUCAAAUAUUUAUAGCAGAACUCUUGCAGUAUUCACUUAGCUCCUGGUACUGUGACUGUAGUAGUGCGCUGAAAUGUUGCCAAAUCACUGUUUUAGAGGGGAAAAUUAUUUAACAGGUUUUAAAGCAACAUACUUGUUAAUAUCUAGUCUGUUCUUGGAAUUUUUUUCAGGUACUAAAAUGAAAUUUGAUGUUAAAGUAAAAGCUGUAUUCUACCUUUUGUUCCAUAUGUGGACUUUUCAGACUUUUUCUUUGUUUUGGCUUUUGCAUUGUCUGUUUCAUUGGUAGAAUAUAGCAAUAAUGCUUUAGAGCAAUAAGCUGACUAUCCAAAUACAAAAUAAAACAUAAUACAGGUUUUGGUACUCAUACUUUACAUUCAGGUUUUGCUACCACAGUUUUUACUUGUAGGUAUUUCUGUCAUCUCAUUACUGCUUGGUGCUGAACAUCACAAGAAAAUUGUUUGGCACUGCAAAAUGUACAUCAUACCACACCUUGUUUUUUAUACAGCCCAUACAUGCUUUCAGUAUUCAUCUGUGCUUUUUAUGCUUGUUUUCCCCUAAGUUUUCCUGGAGGUCUUACAGUAAAUGCAUAAACUUUAUACAAACUUGCAAUCUGUAAUGCGCUCAGACCUAAAUGCAGAGAAUUCAUAAGCAAUACAGUGAAUUUUAUUUCACAAAAAAGGAUGUGUACUGUAUAUACCUUUAUAAAGUAAAAAAAAUCCUCAUUUUCUAUGUUGAUUUUAAAACAGUUUAUAGAGCAGUGGUAAAUAUUUUGACUAUUAGGACAUUAACUGGCUGCUUCUUUAUAUGUAACUGUAUUGUCUGCCUGCUCCUUUUCUGGAGAUGUGUUUUGUAUUGGAUAUUUGGGCCAAUGGGAGGCUUCAAGCUACAACGUAUUUUCCCAGUUUAAAUAUAUUUAACAUAUGACAAACCCCAGACAAGGCUUUUUAAAAUGUAUAAAGAACUGCAGUGUUAGGUGAUUUAUUUGCAAACCGUUUUCAAUGUUGUCCAUUUUUAUGGCACCUUUAACAAUAUUCUUGUUUCCAAAGUACAAAAAGGUUAAAAAUACUCUAGCCAUAACUGAAUGUCAAGCAAUAAAAACAAAUGACUUUUUGUGCAUAGAUUUAAAAAAAACAAACAAGUUU